AUGUCGACCCCAGAUAUUGAAUAUGUCGGGGACUCGAAGUCCCCGGUCAACCCCAAGGCCGAUUCCGAAACGAACACCUCCACUGCGGAGGUAGGGGAGGUGGUUAUCACUCUCACCAAGGAAGAAAAUGACCGAAUCAAGAAGAAGACCGACCGAGUCAUUCUGGCUAUCCUUACCUGGGUUUACUUUUUGCAGGUCUUGGAUAAAGGUGUUCUUGGCACUGCGGCUCUUUUCAAUCUCCAGGCCGAUCUGGGACUCGUUGGAAACCAGUACUCUAUCAUUGGAUCAAUUGCACCUAUCGCCCAGCUCGGAUGGCAGCCAUUCUCGGCAUGGAUUCUUGUCCGAGUUCCUCCCCGCAUUCUGAUGCCGUGUAUGGUUCUCGGGUGGGGAAUUGCAGUCACAUGUAUGGCUGCCUGCAACAACUUCGGAACCUUCAUUACCGCUCGUUUCUUCAUGGGACUUUUCGAAGCCGGCUGUCUGCCCCUCUUCACUAUUCUCACUAGCAGAUGGUAUCGUCGUAUUGAACAGCCAGUCCGAGUCUCUAUUUGGAAUGGUAUGAACGGUACCGCCACAAUGGCGGCCGCUGCCUUGUCUUAUGGCCUUGGUCAUAUCCAAUCGGACGUCCUGCGGCCGUGGCAAAUUAUCUUCCUUUUCGUCGGAUUGGGCACAGUUGUUACCGCGCCCUUCGUUUACUGGAAGCUGGAUAACGAUAUUACUACCGCCCGCUUCCUCACUGAGCACGAACGUCAACUCGGUGUGGAGCGUCUCCGCGCUAACCAGAUGGCCCCCACAUCCUAUGACUUCAAGUGGAGCCAGGCAAUUGAAGCGUUUAUGGAGCCUAAGAGCUUGCUUUGGAUUGCGCUUGCCUUGCUGCCGAACAUGGGUUCCGCCCUACCAUCUCUUUUCGGCCCGCUUAUCGUUACUGGAUUUGGCUUCGAUAAAUAUGAGACAUCUCUCCUGAACAUCCCCUACGGUGCUCUGACCACUAUUGUGAUCAUUGCUGGCUGCUGGUGCUCCUACAAGGUGAAGCUCAAGUCCGCCGUUUUGGUUGCCUUCAUGAUCCCUGUCGUGGUGGGCACUGCUAUGCUUUACGCAAUCGAUCACAGCCCAGCCAACCAAGGACCUCUCCUCUUGGCAUACUAUCUUACUACCUUCCUGUAUGCCGCUAACCCAAUCCUUCUCUCCUGGGUUGUGGGAAACACUGCCGGAGCCGCCAAAACUUCCACCGUCGUGGCGCUUUAUCAGAUCGGUACCUCCGCCGGAGCCAUGUCAGGCUCCUAUCUCUUCAGCUCUGAUCAGGCUCCCAACUACCUUCAAGGAAUUCGGUCUGUGCUGGGUCUCUUCAUCGCCUUGAUUGGAGGCGUGGGAAUCCAGACUGGCAUUCUAUUCAUGAUGAACAGACACCACAAGAAGCAGAGAAUCAGCAACGGAAAGGCAGGAGAUAUCAAGGAUAUGUCCAUGACUGCUGAGGUUGGAGUACAGGGCAAAGCACAGGAGCAGACAAUAGGCGAGGUUCCAUUCAAGGAUGUCACAGAUUGGCAGAAUGACGAGUUUGUAUAUAUUUACUAA